AGGUGUAGAGCCACAGCACUGCAAACAUGUCUAUUGGAGUACCAAUUAAAGUCCUUCACGAGGCUGAAGGCCACAUUGUGACGUGUGAGACCAACACGGGUGAAGUGUACCGAGGGAAGCUGAUUGAGGCUGAAGACAACAUGAACUGCCAGAUGUCCAACAUCACGGUGACGUACCGGGACGGGCGCGUGGCGCAGCUGGAGCAGGUCUACAUCAGAGGCAGCAAGAUCCGCUUCCUCAUUUUGCCCGACAUGUUGAAGAAUGCUCCUAUGCUAAAGAGCAUGAAGAAUAAAAACCAGGGCUCUGGAGCUGGGCGAGGAAAAGCAGCUAUACUGAAGGCUCAAGUGGCUGCAAGAGGAAGAGGUCGUGGUAUGGGCCGUGGCAACAUCUUCCAGAAGCGAAGAUAAUUUUGGUCUCGACCAACGUGUGUUUUUUUUAUUAGGGGGUAUUAACUUGGCUGUAUGUGCAUUCCUAUCAGUUCUGUUUAAUAAAUGUUUCUGAUAAAA